AGGAGUGUUGACGAUGGAGAGCUUCGCCGCAGCCUUCCCCAGAGUUGCUCUCGAUAGCAGCUUCAAGGGUUGGUUCGUCUCCACCCUGUUGCUGUUGGCAUGGGCUGGGUCGCUUGUAAAUGGUCCUGUGGCCGACAAGUUCGGUCGCAAAGGCUCGAUCCUGAUUGCUGUCGUGGUCUUCACCAUUGGAUCAGUCCUCCAGGCUGCUGCAGUGAACAUUCCCAUGGCCUUUGUCGGACGAGCGAUCGCUGGCUUUGCGGUUGGCAUGUUGACCAUGAUUGUUCCAAUGUACAUGUCCGAAGUCUCCACCGCCGGCGUCAGAGGUACACUCGUUGUCCUCCAACAACUUUCGAUCACCCUCGGCAUCCUUAUCAGCUACUGGCUUGAGUUUGGCACGCAAUACAUCGGAGGAAUAAGAUGCGCACCAGACAUCCCAUAUACUGGCGGGACUCCAUCGGCACGAACAUUCGAUCCCCGCAAUGACGUCGGCCCCAAUGGUUGCACGGGUCAGUCCGAUGCAGCAUGGAGAGUACCUUUCGCCCUCCAGAUAUUCCCAGCAUUGGUCCUUGGAAUUGGUAUGCUCUGGUUUCCGGAGAGCCCUCGCUACUACUGCAUGCGUGACAAUGAUGCGGCUGGUAUCGCAGCUCUAGCACGUGUUCGCCAAGUCAACCCCGACGAUGACUUGCUUCAAAAGGAGUACCUCUCAGUGAAAGCUGAGGUGAUGUUCGAGCACUCCUAUAACCGCGAGAAGUUUCCUGGCAAAACAGGCGUGUCGCUGUACCUUGCUGGUUACACUACACUCUUCUCUACUUGGCCGUCGUUCAAGCGCACAGCAAUUGGCUGCUGUGUCAUGUUCUUCCAGCAAUUCAUUGGCUGUAACGCCAUCAUCUACUACGCCCCAACGAUCUUCGGCCAGCUAGGCCUCACUGGCAAGACAGGAGGUCUUCUAGCAACCGGUGUCUACGGUAUCGUCAAUACGCUAUCGACACUACCCGCACUCUUCCUCAUUGACAAGGUCGGCCGCAAGCCCCUCCUGCUUUGUGGCGCCGCAGGAACUUUUUUAUCGCUAGUCAUUGUAGGCGGCGUCAUCGGCGGCUACGGUGACACGCUCAAGGACCACCCCGCAGCAGGCUGGACCGGGAUCACCUUCGUCUACAUCUACGACGUCAACUUCUCCUACUCUUGGGCACCCAUCGGUUGGGUUUUGCCAUCUGAGAUCUACAACCUUGGCAACAGGUCGAAGGCCAUGUCUCUUACUACGUCUUCGACAUGGUUCAAUAAUUUCAUCGUUGGGCUCUUGACACCACGCAUGAUCGAGUCGAUUGGCUACGGCACGUACUUGUUCUUCGCAGCAUUUGCGCUGAUUGCGUUUGCGUUCACUUGGUUCGUUAUUCCAGAGACGAAGGGCAAGUCGCUCGAGGAGAUGGACGCUGUGUUUGGAGAUACGACGGCGCAUGAGGAGAAGACGAGGCUGUAUACUAUUGCGGCGAGCCUGGGGCUGGAAGAAGCGGAGGCUGCGGCUGACGACGAGAAGUUUGAGAAGCCUAUGCGGCUGGAGACUACGAAAGUGUAGACAUCCCUAAGAUCCUCUAUGACCCACGAAAUGUAUAAAGUUAAGCA